AUGGUGACGCGUAACUGGCGUCGCGGAGUUUCGGUGACUGUCACCGAGUCGUCUGUGACGCUAGUGACGCUGGUGACAUUGGUGACGCUGGUGACAUUGGUUACGCUGGUGACGCUGGUGACAUUGGUGACACUGGUGACACUGGUGACAUUGGUGACGCUGGUGACAUUGGUUACGCUGGUGACGCUGGUGACAUUGGUGACACUGGUGACAUUGGUGACAUUGGUAACGCUGGUGACGCUGGUGACAUUGGUGACAUUG